AUGGAGAGCGUUAACCCCCAGUGUCAGCUGUAUCAUGAGAGCAUUCUCGAAGAUGGACUGCGCCCGCGACGAAAACGAAAACGAAAAAGGCACGCGAAGAACGAUAACGGGAGCGAUGAACCGGCCGCUUUGGCCGAUUUGUUCGAAAGGCAAAGGCGAGUUGCGGAUUCGGCGCGGCCCAGAGGCGCGUGUAAAUCACCCGGGACGACGCCCCGUCACGUUUCCCGCCAUCGUAUCGACGCCGCGAAAAAUAGCCUUGCGAUAUCGCCGGGAACGCGCCGA